AUGUCUAAGGCAGUUCAAUUUUCCUUCGAAAAGGUCUACAAGGAUUCCUUCAAAGUAUCUUGCACGGAAACUUUGGACAUUCCUCUCUGCCAACCACCAAGUUGGCUAUUAUCUCGGCUUAUUCUUGAUCACGACAUUCCCAAAUUCGCUGAAAAAGACUUUUCUGAUGCAUUGCUAAAAUUCAUCAAAGAAAAUGAACGAAUUUUCAUUGACGACCAUUUGACGCGUUUAUACGACUAUCUUCGUUUGGAUGAGAACAAACCAUUACACAUUGCUGCCUCACUGGAGAAACGUGUCAAUGAGCGAAUAUCCACAAGAUUCCAAACUGAGCCGCCCACAGAUGAGGAAAUUUUCGGUCAAACCUACUCAAAGAUAGUCCAAUCGCCAGCUGCAAUGGAUCUCAUUCAAUUAGAACACUCCUUUGCUCUUGCUAUAGAAACAGAGAUUGUUGAACGCGAUCGUGUUCUUAGUGCUCUUCAGAGAAACAUUGUGGAUAGCACAGAGGCGCUGCUAUCGAAGAAUAAUGAGGAAAUCAGUGUGACAGAUGCGGUUUCGGAACUUCAACGCCGCUUUCACUCGGAGUAUGAGGUUCAGAAGAUGACCUGGAACAGUAGAAUAAGUGAUUUAAAGGAGACUCAGCGCCAGGACUAUCGUAACUUUGUCAUGUCCAUUGAAGAGCAAAUACUGCAGGCUGAUUUAUCCAAACCUUUGCCUCCUAAGCCUUGCGAUAUGGGGGGUGCUGGUUCAACCCAAACAACAUCUCGAAUUGUGGUUAACAAUCAAAAUAGAGCGGGACCACGUUCCGAAAGCUUCAUGAUUCAGUUGGGUCGUCAGCUUCGGUCCUUUUAUAACUUAAAAUUGGUUGAAGCCGAUCCUAUAGAUCUCAUGACACCCAUAGGAUCUACUGGCACCUCAAAUUCUCCUCCUAGUGUUGAGACUACUGUAAAUUUAGCUGAGCGACUGAGCAGCGCGCUCACUAUUUAUUCCAACGACUUGACUGGUCUAGUUAUUCUAGUCGACAGCCAGAUGUUUCAAUCCAGGACUCAGCAACGUAUUGCUGAAGUAUGCGAACUCUCGACAGACUUCCACUUUCCUGAAUUAGAUCGUCAGUUGGCUGAUAUUCAGGAAAUAAUAAAAAACUCUGAAGGCGAGCGCUUCAAACCAAGUAAUGUCCCAUUUUUAGCUGCCAGCAUGAUGAAGGGACGCCCAAAGCCAGGUGAUGUCUACCUCACACGUCAUUCAAACCUUCGAGCUAGCGAAAUAGGUGGAAAUGCGGGCGGAGGUGGUGGGGUGGAGGUAGUCUUUCACGUGGUGACGGAAGGGGAGGCAAUGGGAGGUAAGGGUGUCUCUUCUUCCCUUUCUCCACACCUCCAUGUGGCUAUUUCCACUGUUCUUCGUGUUUGCAAUCAAUACGAUAUCAGUACACUGUCUAUGCCACUACUGUUUACCCGACGGUCCCUGGAAAGCUUGUCAUUAACCUGGUGCCAGCGACGGGCUGAGGCUGUACUCAAGGUCGUUAAAGGCACUCUGAUGGAGUCGGUGGGUGUUCGAAAUGGAAGCGGUACCGCUCUUCGGACGCUUAUCUUUCUCCUCCCCCCACCACAAUCCUCGUCUCCUGCAUCAAGGGCGAGCGUGGAUAUCUUUGAAGCCCUUGUUGCGGUUAUAAAUUGCACCUUUCAGCAGACCAGUCCCCUUGUUGUGGAUAUUUGCAGCGCUGGCACGGUUUGA